GUGAGUUCUUUAUAUUUGAAGCAAUAAGGUUAAAUUGACCUCAAUUGUGCUUUUUGGAUUGUUUUAUUCUUUCACGAGGCUAUGGAAAUAAGUUAUUUGAAACUUUGUUGAGACUGGAAGACAAGAACUCUUGACAUAUGAGUUUGUGUUGAUUAAUCGAUUAAACUUACCGAAGAUUUGCCUCAAAGUCCUCAACGAUAGAAUGGGGUGUAUUUUUGUUUCACACAAACGCAAAUCUAACAAAAUCUUCUUUAUAUAAAGUGCGACGUGCACGGUUAAAGGGGGGUUGCGGAUGAAAAACGCUGACGUGGCCACUUUCUAUUGGACUGCUUCUCUUUUCUCGGCCCCGGUAUGAGAAACGGUUUUCUGUAGGUAUAAUGAUAUUUAUAUUACUUGUUUGCUGGGAGCUUGAACAAUUUAAGUGUACAAAUCUGGCAGUAUGGAAUGUCGAAAUGCAGCAACGAAGCUCUGGUUGUGAUUGAAGCUUACAGGACACUUCGAUGCAUGGGGCCUUGUCCAGCUGACCAGGUUGUGAAGGAUCUUGAACAGCUGUACUGGGAAUUUGCUGUAGAUAAUUUUGUGAUGAUUUCAGAUGAUUUAGACAUCAUUAAAGUUGGCUCUGCCAAAGCAUAUGCACCCCUUCCAACAGCAUGCAUGUUUAUCAGUGUAGUAGGGCUGAUGAGCUUUGAGCAUCCAAUACACAAAGUGAGAACAAUGCCGUGAAGGUGCAAUUUGUAGAGAUAAUUUCAAGAUAUCCCACUUGAUUAUUUGGGAGGAAUUGCAACUCAAAAUUUGAACGGCGAUAAUCUCCCUUUAGAUCGGUAAAGACUGGAUGUGGAUGGCUUAUCUUAGAAAAGGUUGUGUCUUAAGAUAGUUUUGACGAUGGUCGAGAGACUUGAACUUCGGCGACUGGACGUAAGACAACCACCAACGAAAAUAAUCUGAUGAGAAGAUCCUCAAGCACUGCGGGCUGUUGAACAGACUGGAAUGCAGGAACAAAAAC